UUGCACCGUUCCCGGCACGGGGAGCGGAGCAAAGGGGUUAAUGGAGGAGCCGCUUGCAGUUAGCGCACCCGCCUGCUCUUUAAUUCUCUCCUCUCCCCCACCCACGGGCGGCCAAGGCUCAGGUUGGGGAGGGUGGGGUUUGCUCCGCGCUCCCAAAUCUCUGACGUUCAAUGUUCCGGCCAAAGGCGGCUCGGUUUAACAACAUACCUCCGGCAGAGCGGGAAGGCAGCGCUCGGGCAGAGGACGCUCGGCUCUGCAGCGGCACAGAGCCGAGGCGCCUCAGAGCAGCCGCCGCCGCCGCUGCUGCGGGGGGACCCGACUGCGGCUCGCAGCCUGCCGGAGCCCGCUCGGAGGUUAUGGUGAAUUGAAUGAAGAGUACGUACCAUGCACUGGAAUUAAAGGUUGUGUAAAACUUAAAAGAAGCAGCAUUCUAUUCACUAGUUAUUGGACUCAAGCCUCCUUUGACCUCGGAAACUGAAAAUGAGGUUGCUAUGGGAACUGCUCGUGCUGCAAUCAUUCAUGUUGUGCCUUGCAGAUGACAACACGCUGCAUGGGCCAGUUUUCAUUCAGGAACCAAACAAUGUGAUUUUUCCUCUGGAUUCUGAGGAAAAGAAAGUGAAGUUGAGCUGUGAAGUAAAGGGAAAUCCUAAACCAACUAUCAGGUGGAAGUUAAAUGGAACCAAUGUUGAUGUCGGUAUGGAUUACCGCUACAGUAUAGUGGGAGGCAGCUUGCUGAUCAAUAACCCCAAUAAAACCCAAGAUAUUGGAAUGUACCAGUGCAUAGCAACAAACUCAUUUGGGACCAUUGUUAGCAGAGAGGCAAGACUUCAGUUUGCUUACCUUGAAAACUUCAAGACAAGAACAAGAAGUACAGUGUCAGUCCGACAGGGUCAGGGAAUGGUACUGCUGUGUGGACCACCACCACAUUCUGGAGAACUGACUUAUGCAUGGAUCUUCAAUGAAUACCCAUCAUUUGUGCACCAGGAUAAUCGUCGCUUUGUUUCUCAAGAGACUGGGAAUUUGUACAUAGCAAAAGUGGAAACAUCUGAUGUGGGCAACUAUACAUGUGUGGUGACAAACACUGUAACAAAUAAUAAAGUUCUGGGCCCCCCAACUCCUUUGAUACUGAGGAAUGAUGGGGUGAUGGGUGAAUAUGAGCCAAAAAUAGAAGUACAGGUCCCAGAAACAGUUCCAUCUGCAAAAGGAACAACUGUGAAACUGGAAUGCUUUGCCUUGGGAAACCCAGUUCCUACUAUUAGUUGGAGAAGAGCAGAUGGUAAACAAAUACCCAGGAAAGCCAGGAGACAAAAAUCGAGUGGAGUUCUCGAAAUCCCAAACUUUCAGCAGGAAGAUGCUGGUCUAUAUGAGUGCGUGGCUGAAAACGUGAGAGGAAAGAACAUGGCACGAGGGCAGCUUACAUUUUAUGCACCACCUAACUGGAUUCAGAAAAUAAGUGAUGCCCACAAAGCUAUAGAUGAAAGCAUCUUUUGGGAGUGUAAAGCAAAUGGGAGACCAAAGCCUUCAUACAGCUGGCUAAAGGAUGGUGAACCACUGAUGCCUCGGGACAGAAUUCAGAUAGAACAUGGAGCACUUACAAUAACAAAUGUGAAUCUGUCAGAUGCAGGCAUGUAUCAGUGUGUAGCAGAAAACAGACAUGGAGUCAUUUUCACCAGUGCGGAGUUGAGUGUAAUUGCUUUGGGUCCAGACUUUUCCAAAACCCUCUUGAAAAGAUUAACUCUUGUUAAAGUGGGCGGUGAAGUAAUCAUAGAAUGUAAGCCAAAAGCUUCCCCCAGACCUACUUAUACUUGGAAGAAAGGAAAAGAGAUCCUAAGAGAAAAUGAGAGAAUCAAUAUUAUGGAUGAUGGAAGCCUCCGAAUUGUCAAUGUCACUAAGGCAGAUGCUGGAAGUUAUUCCUGUAUAGCAACAAACCAUUUUGGUACAGCUAGCAGCACUGGAAGUUUGGUGGUGAAAGAUCCAACACGGGUUGUGGUGCCACCUUCCAGCACGGAUGUCACUGUUGGAGAAAGUAUUGUCCUGCCUUGCCAGGUAUCUCAUGAUCACUCGCUAGAUAUUAUGUUUACUUGGUCAUUUAAUGGACACCUGAUAGACUUUGAGAAAGACGGGGAUCACUUUGAAAGAGUUGGAGGGGAUUCACUGCAUGGCAGCAGGAAGAGCACCAUGAGGCAGCAAAUCUUUCUGCGUGGUACCUUGUCUGUGACAGUAUGUUUGAGAUUUGACUUAAUAGAUGAUUCAGCUGGUGAUUUGAUGAUCAGAAGCAUCCAGCUGAAGCAUGCUGGGAAAUAUAUCUGCAUGGUGCAAACAACUGUGGACAAGCUAUCGGCUACUGCAGACCUGAUUGUAAGAGGUCCACCAGGCCCACCUGAAGCCGUGACAAUAGAUGAAAUCACUGACACUACAGCUCAGUUAUCCUGGAGGCCAGGAGCAGAUAAUCACAGCCCCAUUACUAUGUAUGUAAUUCAAGCAAGGACCCCAUUUUCUGUGGGAUGGCAAGCCGUGAACACAGUUCCAGAUAUCAUUGAUGGCAAGACAUUCACUGCAACCGUGGUGGGAUUAAACCCUUGGGUUGAGUAUGAAUUCCGAGCAGUUGCAGCCAACCUCAUUGGGAUUGGGGAACCAAGCAGACCCUCAGAGAAAAGAAGAACUGAAGAAGCUCUUCCUGAAAUCACCCCAGCUAACGUCAGCGGAGGUGGAGGGAGCAAGUCGGAGCUGGUCAUUACCUGGGAGACGGUGCCUGAAGAAUUACAGAACGGAGGUGGCUUUGGUUACGUGGUGGCUUUCCGACCCUUGGGCACAGUGAGCUGGAUGCAGACUGUAGUAGCUUCUUCUGAUGCCUCCAGAUAUGUGUUUCGAAAUGAGAGCCUGCCGCCAUUCACGCCCUAUGAAGUUAAAGUGGGCGUGUACAACAAUAAAGGGGAAGGUUCUUUUAGCCCCGUGACAGUUGUAUAUUCUGCAGAAGAAGAACCCACCAGAGCUCCAACCAGCGUCUUUGCCAAAAGCCUUUCUGCUUCGGACAUUGAAGUUUAUUGGGCCUCUCCGCAUGAGAAUCAGAGUAAAGGAAGGAUACAGGGUUAUGAGGUUAGAUGUUGGAGACAUGAAGAUAAGGAAGAAAAUGCUAGAAAAAUCAGGACUGUUGGUAAUCGAACAUCUACAAAAAUCACUAAUCUGAAGGGCAAUGCAUUAUAUCAUUUAGCUGUCAAGGCAUACAACACCGCAGGGACAGGACCCUCCAGUGCUACAGUCAAUGUCACUACCAAAAAGCCACCACCGAGUCAACCCCCUGGAAACAUCAUAUGGAAUUCAUCUGACUCCAAGAUUAUACUGAACUGGGAUCAAGUUAAAGCACUGGAUAAUGAAUCAGAAGUGAAAGGAUACAAAGUUUUAUACAGAUGGAACAGACAGAGUAGCACAUCUGUAAUCGAAACUAAUAAAACAUCUGUCGAGCUUUCUUUGCCUUUCGAUGAAGAUUACAUCAUAGAAAUAAAGCCAUUUAGUGAUGGAGGCGAUGGCAGCAGCAGUGAACAAAUCCGAAUUCCAAAGAUAUCAAAUGCAUAUGCGAGAGGAUCUGGUACUUCUACUUCAAAUGCAUAUGAGUAUACAAGAUAAACCUGAGAUAACCUUCAAGAACAGCUACAAUCUUCAAAAAUAAGUAUACAGAUUUUUGUUCCUAGCCAAUACUUUAACAUCAUAUAUUAAGCUUUCAUUUUAUUGUCUUUAAGUAGCUUUGUCUUGAUCAUAAUUAACAUUAAAUUGAACAUUAAAGUUGAUAUUACAUAGUCGUAAUCUCUUCCUAUAGUAACAUAGACCAAGUUACUGCAGCAAAAGAAGGACCAGAUUCUGACCUUAGUUACCUUGGUGUAAAUUCAAAGUAAUGCUAAUUUAAAUCAAUUAUUUUACUCUGGAUUUACACCAAGGAAAUUAUAAUCAUAAUAUGCAUGUCUUUAAGAUUUAAAACUAAUUCUGGGUUCCACUGUCUGAAUAUGUAUUUCUUUUCAGUCUACAUUUUAAAUGUAAUUCAUAAAUCUUCAUAAUUUAAUCACAAAGUUAUGUUUUCUUAUGUAAUCUCUUUUGAGUGUAGGUCAUAAACUGAAUCUGACAGAUGUAUCAUGUUUCUGGUGAAUAACUCUCUAAAGUACAUUUUUCAUAUUAAUUUGCAAAGUAUCUUUUUGUGUGUAUGGUCCCUUAAUAGUUCUGUACUAGGAAGUCUUUGUUUCUUUACAAACUCUUCAUACAAAUAUGAAGUUUUAAUAGAAUCAUAUUGGAAAAUGACAAUAUCAACAGAAAAAUAACUCUUCUUGAAAAAAGGACUGUUUGUUACUAUGGGAUCAUUUUGUAAGUCCACUCAGAUGGAUCAAUGCUGGUAAAAAGGAAAUGGAAUUUUCUAUAAAAAUUUUCAAGUUUAAAUGCGCUGCAGUGCUUUAUUUUUUUCCUGAUAGCUUAAAUUUGCCUGUAACUUGUCUUUUUUGCUUACAAAAUACUAAAAGUUAACUUUUAAACCUUCUCAAUAUAUUUAUUCAGUAACUCAUAAUUGGGAUUCCACUUGUGUAAAAGUCAGGGGUGUUAACCAGAGAAAUAUUGUCAAUAUUUCAAGCUGUGUUCCUUUCUUAGUUUGAUAUGGUUACUUCUAUGUAAACACAAAAACAAAAAAAACCACAAAAACAAGAAAAUGAAACAAAAAAAAAAGCCUAUGUAGUUUUCUCCCCGGUGUAAAUGAUAUUUAUCGGUGAUCUAGCAGAUGUAAUCUUUUUUUAAAGGUAUUGGUAAUAAAUAUUCUGUCAUUUGUAAA